UCCGGUCGACCUCGUUGGAUCGCAAAAUAAUGAAGCCACUCGGGGAAUAACCGUCGCGUUAGCUAUAUUUUCGGUUGCGUUUUCGUCUCGAAUUCUCCGGAUCUCGGCAACCGCCGCCAAUGGUGUGUAUCCGCAAUUAUUGCGUCAGCUAUCGUGAAGCACGUCGCCGAUGAUUGGUCAAUUCCAAAGAGCGGGAAAUCCCCGUUGAAACCUGCUCUUCCGCGCUAUCCGUCCCCGUGAUACUCCCGCUGACGUCUUUCGCGUCACCACAUCGCCUGGCGUCUUCGUCAGAGACAUUUCGGCGACCGGCGAUCAGUAUCGCGUUGCGCGACAACGCCGCGACCUCGUGCUUAGUUUGAAGUAUAAUUGUUUUCGAUCUGUUUUCCAACAGACAGUGAUGCGACUUGUUCACGCCGCGCUGUGACAUACAUUUACCUUCGCGUAAAUCGUGACACUUCUCUGUAACGAACAUAUUGUUACGUUUGUACGACAGUCUUUGCAUUUGCUUAGUUGAAGAAUCGAAUGAACUUAAUAAUGGAUCCGUUCAGUAGUUACGAUAGAACCGACUUAGUGGAGGUGUGCCCUUCAUUUCCUAAUCUAAAUGACGACGAUGAUCAUUUCGUACUGGACAUGGACUCAUUGGUCACAUUGAAAACUAAUGCCCUGACCACGCGUAGUUACGAACCUCCCCGAAAAAAGUGUUACUUUGGUGAUGAAAAUAAUGAAAUUGAUGGUACUGGUUGGUCUGAUAAACCUAUUAGAAACUGGUGUCAAGAAGAAACAAUAAACUGGUUGAUGUCUGCGGCAUCUUAUAUCGGACAACCGUAUAGUCUGAUACAACAUAGUCUUGCGGUACCAGGAAACGAGUUGGUCACCUUUACCAGAGACGAUUUUAUCAACCAUGAUCCUAUGUACGGAGAUCGACUCUAUGACCUACUCCACUCUCAGCAUAUCUCAAAUAUACUUCCACCAUUUAAUACCAUCCAUCCUCAUUCCGAAGACGAAUAUGCGCGAAUUAAUUCCAACAGUACAUCAGAUGCAGAAUCAGAUAAUAAUAGUAUUGAUUACCAAACUACCAAACGGCCACCAGGGAGGCCAAGGGUAUUAAAACCAAAAAAAAGUUCUACUAGCCAGGGAAAGCUUUGGGAGUUCAUCAGGGACCUCUUACGUAAUCGAGAAACGUGUCCAAGUUUAAUCUGUUGGGAAGAUUAUUCUCAAGCGAAAUUUCGGUUCGUUAAAAGCGAUGAGGUCGCGAAACGAUGGGGUUCAAGAAAAGGAAACACAAAAAUGACGUACGAGAAACUGAGUCGAGCAAUGAGGUACUAUUAUAAAAGCAAAAUUUUUCAACCUGUACUCGGUAGAAGAUUAGUUUAUCAAUUUGGACCAAAUGCAAAGGGUUGGCAAACUGAUAAUCCAAACUUCCGAUAUUAAAAAUUUAGGAUUGCAUUUGUUAUAAAAAUUGUACAAAAAAGUAAAAGUAACGUUUGUGACCUAUUGUGAAUUUCGCUCACAGGAUGUAUCUUAAAAUUGCUUUAAAAAGAUAACGUUUCUACAAUUAGAGAUUUGUCAAUGUAUAUUUUGAUAUUGAAAAAGGAAGUGAAAGUAUUUUGUUAAUUGAAUCGAAACGUUUGAGCAUCAACUUGCAAUCAAUAAUCUAAAUAAAAGACUAAGAAGAAAAGAUCUAGUAUUAUAGAUGAUACAUACUGACUAGAUUUAAAUAACGUAAAAAGCAGUAUAAAUGAAUAAAAAUGUCGAGGUUUUUAUAUGUAUGACUGAAUUUAUAGAAAUACGUGAUAGCAAAAUGUGAAUACGAAAUAAUUUAAACUUGUAAGAUUUUUUCAAUUUAUUUGAUUUUAAGUAUUAGCGUAAUAGAUUACUUAUGUAAAAGUACACAUAUUAUAAUCAAGGAAGGCAUUAAUUCCUUCUGACUUACAAUCAAAUAAAUUUACUAUUACUUAUUUUUUUAUAUCACAGAGUUGUAUUACAUACCUUAAUCUGGAAGCAUAAGUACUUUUUAAAUUGACCCUGGAUUACAAAUAACAUGCCAGGUAAUUUCAAAAGAGGGAACUAAAUUUUUAUAGGUUCGUAACCAAUACAAAUCCACCAUAAAUUUUUUUCCUAGAAUAGUCUUAAAGGAAAUCGAGAAGAAGUAUAAUCACAUUAUUUUUUUUUAUAAAUUAUAUUAGAUGAAAUAUCGGAUUUAUAAUUGGUGUUAAUUCAUUUUCGUUUCAUUAACGGUUAAUUAUUAAAUGUGGAUACUUAUUCUACAAUAGCACAUGCAAGAAAGCUGGCAAAAAUAUUUGUAUUUUUAAAUAAAUUCUGGACGAUUCGAUUAGUCAUUAACAAAUAUGAAAUAUUGAAAUUCAAGAUACAUAGUAUCGUGGCGGAAGAAGAUAUGCUGGUAAAAAUGAUGCAUAUCUCCUUUUUAAUUCAUUUGUUGAAGUUAUUUAUAGGAUUCUUGGAUUAAAUUUAACUCGAGCGAACUCGAAAUCGUUGUUUGUGUAAUAAAAGCGUAAAAUAAUCCCGACUGCACUAAUUAAAUUUGAUCAUUUUUUUAAAAAUGCACUUUUCAAAUACAAAAUAUUAUUAUUUAAAAUGAUCAUUAAGAAAUAUUUAAAAAAUUUGGAACUAUCAUUAUUUGAAUCAAUAGAAUAUUUGUGCAACCGGGUAUGUACUUAAAUAUCUUUUUUAACACCAUCGUAAAAUUUUUUACAUAAUUCGACAGAACUGUAAAAUGAAACGCUAUCAUAUCGUUUUUCUCGGAACUACUUAACCUUUCAAAAUGUUAACUUUAUGGUCAAUUAUAAAUGUUUAAGUUUAUCGACUAUCAAAAAGGCACGAAUCGUAAAUAAUCUCUACCGUAAAGUUCGCAUUAAUUGCGACGAUAUCCUGUAGAAAGCAUGUGCGUUGUGAUUAUGUAAGAUAAUUUACGGAAACAAUCAACGUAUAAUCUUUGGUUAUAUAUAUUAAAAAAAA